GCGAAGCGCACCCCACUGACGCAGGCACGCACACAAACAAACGCGCAGGCAGGCACAGGCACCCGCACAAGAAACAAACGGCGCCUCCUCUUCUCCAGGCGGGGCAGAGGCGAAAGCGGAGGAGCGGGAGCUGAAGCGGUUACCCCUCCUCCUCCGACUCCGUCAACUGGCAUCACACAGGCGAAGCGAUCAAUGGGUGGUUUCGUCGAUCCUUUCAUCCCAGCACCGGCUUGGCCUCAGGACCUCGUGUUCACCGGCUCAUCUUGGUCAGACAGCGCUUCUGCCCCCCUUGCAGAUUCUGCAGGGACAUACAUCGGAGCGUCACCAGAUCAAGACACAGAGUUCCACCUCCAGAAUGGUUCCUCGCCGGUGCUCUUGAACAGAAGCGCAAAAGAGAUGUUGUCGCCUGUGGAGCUGCACGAGCAGUUCCUGCAAGCGCAGCUGCAAGACGACGCGACGCAGGGCCUCAACUUCGAAAUGGACGGCGCUCUGAUGGCCAGCACGCUGGGCUCGGUCCUGAGCACGUCCUGUGCCAUAUCGCUUGCCGACAGUGCACCGGUGGUGUGCAGCUCCAACGACAGCAGCGGGAGCGAGCAGUCUGGCCUGCCACAGUUCAUCCUGGGAGAACAGCCUGUGCCAGUGCCAGCUGCGUGGGCGUCAACGUUCACUCAGAUUUCUUCGUUGGUUGGGGAAGAAACAUCACAGGGUUUCGGCUUCCGUGCGCUUAGCAACGGUGAUCUUCUGCGUGAGGCCUGCGCUGCAGAUGCCAAGAAGUAUCCGCAGCUAGGCAAUGUGCCAUCUGUACCGCUGCAGCUACAUAAUGAUGCUGAGUUCAACACUGGAAAGAUGCUCUCUUUUGCUCCUGGUUCUAGGCAGCAAAAUACAAACUUUGAGGAUCUGCAGAUCAGUCAAAAGGAAUUCAGUGGUCUGCAUCACCUGAACCUCUCCUCGCUGGUUCCUUGGCAGCUUGCAUCGUUUAAUGCUACAGGAGUAACACAUAAUCCCAAACAGUCCAAUGAAGCCAGCGGCGGCAAGAAUGGGCUGAACGCAGCGCCGCUCAUGGCGCGAUCAGAAGUGCCGAAUGGCAGUGGGAUUGCUGGGAAUGGAGCUCCGAAGCCGCGCAUCAGAGCUCGCCGAGGCCAGGCCACUGAUCCACAUAGCAUUGCGGAGAGGCUCCGAAGGGAGAAGAUCUCUGACAGGAUGAAGAAUUUACAGGAGCUCGUUCCAAACUCCAACAGGACUGACAAGGCAUCCAUGCUCGACGAAAUCAUCGACUACGUCAAAUUUCUCCAGUUGCAAGUCAAGGUUCUUAGCAUGAGCAGGCUGGGCGCGACGGAAGCCGUCGUCCCGCUCCUGACAGAGUCUCAGACCGAGAGCUCCUCCGGGGGUUUCCUCCUGUCCCCGAGAUCAGGCAGGCAGCAAGCGGGCGAGGGCGGCCUGCUCGGGCAGCCCGAGCUCCGGGACGGCGCGGCGUUCGAGCAGGAAGUGGUGCAGCUGAUGGAGAACAACAUGACGACGGCGAUGCAGUACCUGCAGAGCAAGGGCCUGUGCCUCAUGCCGAUCGCGCUAGCGUCGGCGAUCUCGGACCAGAAGGGGACGUCCUCGGCGGCCGUCCGGCCGGCGAACAGUGCCGCCGCGGACGAGGGCGGCGCCGGCGGAGACGAACGCGACGCGACGGAGAUGCUGCGCGGGCUGAACGCGUUCGGCGGCGCGAGGGAGAUGAGGUCCAGAGCCUAGGGCACCGGCGGCUGCAGCCUCCGAGCAGUCAAGCCAUCCUGAGCUUUAGAUGCCUGACAGCUUGUGCAGUGUUCUACCGGUUCUUUUUGCGACUUAGCCUGGAGCGUGAACAUUGCUUACAUGUGCUCUCUUUUUUUUCCGUCAUCACAAGAACAUAUGAUUAAUUAUCCUCCCUAAUUUGAAUUA